AUGGUCAGCGAGCAGGAUCGUGGGAAGAUAAGAACACCUCAUGAUGACCCACUGGUGAUAGAGAUGAAAAUUGCAAAUCUCAGGGUAAGACGGAUCCUGAUUGAUAUAGGGAGUUCUACCGAUAUCAUCAGUGCGGAUUGUCUGUCAAGGUUGAAGUUUGAUGAAGGAAAUUUAGUAGCCGUCAAUCAUCCUAUUUUUGGAUUCAGAGGAGGAGUCAUUCAUCCCAUGGGGACAAUCACUCUACCCGUCAGGGUAGGGGAUAAAGAGGCCGCUCGAACGCUCUUUGUGAAAUUCUUGGUGGUACAAGAUUUGACAGCUUAUAAUGUCAUCCUCGAACGACCCACCUUGAACCACAUCAAGGCUUUCAUAGUGACUCAUUUGAUGCUUAUGAAAUUCGAGUGUGAUGGAGGAAAGAUUGGAUCCCUAUAUGGCGAUCAGCAAGCAGCAAGAUAA